AUGGAUUUAGGUGAUCCUACUUUGAAACCCAUUAAAGUAUUAGGAGCUGGCUCCUUUGGACGGGUAUUUCUAUGCAAAUAUCGCAACAAUCAGAAAGUUUGUGUCAAACGCAUUAUUGUGGUUAAUCCGAAGGUGGAGAUGAGCAUGAUUAUGGAAGAGGUUUACAUAAUUUCCCAAUUACAACAUCCAAAUGUGGUCGAAUUUCUGGGCUCCUUUGUACACGCCGGCACGGUCAACAUUAUCAUGGAAUAUGCCCCGAAUGGCACCCUACAAGAUCUCAUCCUACACUCCCGACCGAAGGGUUUUACACAGAAUGAAGUUAUGCGUUAUUUUUGUGAUGCCCUCAUGGGUUUGGAAUAUCUACAUGUGCGGAAUGUCAUUCAUCGCGAUUUGAAACCAGCCAAUUUGUUGCUGGAUGCCAAUAAUAAUUUGAAAAUUGCCGACUUUGGUAUAUCGCUGGUGCAUGCCUCAAAGACGCACAAUGCCACGGCACUGGGCACCCCUUAUUACACACCACCCGAGGUGCUGCGUGGUGAACGUUUCGAUUAUAAAUCGGAUAUAUGGUCGCUGGGUUGUAUAUUGUAUGAAAUGUGUAUGGGUCAUGGUCCGUUCUCGCAGGCUGCCACACUGGACGAGCUGCGCUAUUUAAUACGUGUCCUGACACGUCAAAAAAUGGAUUGCAGUAAUAUAAGGAAAAUGUAUGGAUGCCUGUGGGCCCUACUAUGCGAGCGAAUGAUUGUGGCCAAUGUACAAUUGCGUAUAUCAUUGCCGGACAUUGUGGUGCUGGAACCCUCCCUGACAAUCUACUAUUAUAAUAAAUAUUUCGACUAUAAGUAUUGA